AUGGCUUUAUUAAUUCCCGAACCAACUCGUGCCGUCUUUUCUCGCGUCGCGGUGGCAUUCUCGUCCGGCGCGAUCGGCGGGCUGUGCAUCGGGCUAGCCGUGCCGCUGCUUGCUGCGGCGGGACUCAUGGAUGUUCUAGGUAUCGCCAUUCACCCGCAGUUAACGCCGCCGUUCGUGUACCAGAAAGUCGUGUGGGGCGGCAUCUGGGGUUUCAUCCUGCUCAUUCCCUUCAAUACAAGCACACUCGCCAAAGGAGCACUCUUUGGGGCGUUGGGUCCAGGCUUGGUGCAGCUCCUAGUUGUGUUCCCACUCAAAGAAACG